UUACACACGUCCGACUUGCGGUGGUCUCUCAGACAUGUUGACGCUCUUGCGCCACCUGACAUCUCUUGGUCACUACGGAGGAAGACGCUCCGUAGCGACCGUCAUCUCCGGGAAUCAAACUUCCAAGAUGCUGAGGGAGCGGCUGAAGAAAGAGGUGGACCACUUAAGGACGGCCAAGGUGGUCCCUGGUCUGCUGGUUUUGCAGGUGGGAAACAGAGAAGAUUCCAACUUGUACAUCAGCAGUAAACUGAAAGCAGCAGCCGAGGUGGGCAUCGAGGCUUCGCAUGUGAGGUUGCCCAACACGGUGACGCAGGAAGAGUUGCUGCGAACCAUCGCGUCCGUCAACGAGGACCCGUCGGUGCACGGCCUGAUCGUGCAACUCCCUCUGGAUUGCAUCCACCGUGUGGACGUAGAGAAGAUCACAGAUGCCGUCUCGCCGCUCAAAGACGUGGACGGUCUGAGUUGCGUCAACGCGGGAAAGUUGUCUCGAGGGGAGUUGAACAACUGCUUCCUCCCCUGCACGCCCAACGGAUGCAUGGAACUCAUCAGGCAGACAGGCGUGAGCGUGGCCGGGAAACACGCGGUGGUGAUCGGUCGCAGUAAAAUCGUGGGCGCCCCUAUGCACGACCUGCUGCUGUGGAAUCACGCAACCGUCACCACCUGUCACUCAAAGACGUCGGACAUCCCCCGACAGGUGGCCACGGCCGACAUCCUGGUGGUGGGGGCAGGGCGAGCGGAGAUGGUGCGAGGCGAUUGGCUAAAGGAAGGUUGCGUCGUCAUCGACUGCGGGAUCAAUUACAUCACAGAUAAAAGCAAGCCGAGCGGCAAGCGCGUGGUCGGCGACGUCCAUUACGCCUCGGCCUAUCAGAGGGCCGGAUUCAUCACGCCAGUUCCGGGAGGGGUGGGGCCAAUGACUGUGGCCAUGCUGAUGCAGAACACAGUGCUAAGCGCUCGGCGCGUCCUGGCCGACGUGAGCGGCGCCUCCCUCUGACGUCGCACAUUACCAAAUUAAAGUUUCACGUAUGCACAGUU